ACUUUUGUCUUAUGACUAAUGACUUGUGUAUUAUGACUUUUGUCUUAUGUACUAUGACUUGACAAAAAAGCGGCAAAAGGGCAAGUUUCAUCACAUGCACCCUUCAUGGACGUUGGAGGUAAAUUUGAUAGUGAAACAGAAGACGAUUUGGUAAGUGUUAAAUUUAAAAAGUAUGACAGUACUGUAUUUCUCCUAACUUGAAUAAUUAUCUCCCAUACAAGGUUAGGUUUCGAAUAUAUGGGUCAUCUCAGAUGAAAAAAUAGGUCACAGGGCACAACAAUCGUAUUAACUGUUAAAGUUUAAGUAUCAAAAUAUUUGCAAGACUGACACAUUUUUAAAUCAUGUGUGAAACUUUAUUCUGUAUAGAAUAUAAAUUAUUUCUCCUUCAGGUAAAUGCGAGUAGUAAACAAUGCGAGUAGUAAACGUAUUCAUGCACUAGUUCAGAACAUAGCAGGCCACUAAGAAGAAAAAAGACCGAGAAACAUUGAAAAAGAUUAACUUAUGGAGAUCCAUUGAUGGUAAACAUGUUGGACAUUCAUCUUCUACCUGUGACUCUCUUUACAAAGGAAAAUACAAGAAAUUGAUUUAUGAUUUAUCAGACAAGUACAAAGGCAAAUGUGCCGAAUGAUGAUAUUUUAUCAAAUUGCAGAGUACAGUAGGAGAACAAAAAGUAACAAAGAAGACUGCUUUGAUAUCACAAGUGAAUAUGUUGGCGUUCCAUAGCUUUUGGUUUUGUCUUUGGAUACAACAGGUUAACUCUGUAUUAGGAGUGACACCUUCAAACAUACCAGACACAUCGACAGCAGGAAGUACACGGCUUGAAUUAGUGAAACACUAUUUUUACUGUGGGUUUUCAUAUCCGGAAAUUAUUCUUUUGUUGUUUGUUAUAAAUAACAUUAAAAUAUCGUUGCGACAGCUUAAUAGAGUACUUAAAUGUAACAACUUACGACGUCGAACUGGAUACACACCAGAUCACAUUGUUCUUGAUUAUAUUUCCAAGGAAAUUGAGACAAGUGGUCAGUGCAUUGGUUAUCGUUCGAUGUGGAAACGCUUGACAAAUGAACAUAAAUUAAGAGUUCCUAGAAAUAAAGUUCUUUCAUUUAUGAAAACUAUUGAUCCUGACGGAAUAAAUUUUCGGAAAGCCCACAGAAUUAAAAGACGCAAGUACAGAAUAAAGGGGCCAAAUUAUGUAUGGCACGUAGACGGUUACGAUAAACUGAAACCAUAUGGCUUUUGUAUACACGGUGCUAUUGAUGGUUACAGUAGAAGGAUACUUUGGCUAGAAGUGUCACAAAGUAACAACAACCCUGCAGUCAUCGCUAUGUAUUAUCUUGAAGCGCUGAAGACGCUUCGGGUUGUUCCCCGAAUUCUUCGUUGUGAUAAGGGAACGGAAAAUUCAACUCUGUCUUUGCUCCAACCGUUUUUCCGGUACAAUGAUACAGAUAGUAUAUCGAGACUUAGAAGUUUUAUAUACGGAAAAAGCGUUUCAAAUCAACGAAUAGAGGCCUGGUGGGGAACUAUGAGACGCCAAGGAAUUCAAUGGUGGAUUUCCUUUUUCAAAGAUUUAAAAGACAAUCAAGAGUAUGAUGAAAUAAAUCCUUUACAUGUUGAAUGCUUGAAAUUCUCUUUUAUGCACUUGAUUCAGGCCGAGCUUGACAGAAUAGCGGUUAAUUGGAACUUACAUUCCAUACGUAAACAGAGAAAUUCUGAGGUACCAAAUGGAAAACACGAUUUAAUGUACUUCGUUCCGGAAUUGUUUGGCGGACACAAUUAUGGAAAGAUUGUAGAUCAAAAUGAUGUUGAUGCUUGUUGUGAAAUGUACGGCUUACGUAGGACAACAUGCAUUAAAGAAUUUCAAGAUUUGGUAAAAUUACUAAAGCCUGACAUCCGCAUUCCCAUGGAUGUACAAGAUGCUCUAGAACUAUACAGGGAACUACUGUAACUUAUUGAUGAAGCCAUGGAAUAAUUUCUCUCAUAUAUGUGCUCUGAAUAAAUUCUCUUCAAGUAUCAGAUAUUUAAUAUAAUUCAUUGAGAUCGUUUGCGGAACAAGUUCUUGCCAAGGUUUUUUUAAAUCAAAACCCACUGGUGUCAUAUGAAGAAACAUGGAGAUGGCUCGAGUAGGACUCGAACCCAUAGUCCUUAGGUUGAGGGGCAGACACAUUAACCAAGAGGCCACCGCUCCUCUUUCCCCUUGUUUAAAAGAAAUGGAUUGUAGUACGAAACGUAAUGUUGUGUAAGCUUGUUCCUCCGCAAAAUGGGUUUUUAUAUGGAGUUAAAUAAAGGAGUAUGUAAAAAUCAUUAAGUAGAGCAAUUUAUUAUAUCUUACAAUAAUUAAGUCAUGCAAUAAAUUCAAUUUUGAAAAAGAAACAAAACCAAAUGCUAUCAGAUAGUAUCAGAUGUUAACUUUGAAUUGCUUUUGCGUAGUGGAUUGGUAAAUUCUGCGAUCACACUUAUGUGCCUUUGAACCAGAAUCUUUUACUUAUUUGAGGUCAAUUCAAGGACAUUAAAGUAUUACAAAGAAGAAUGAAACACGAGGCUAUUUGAUCUGAUAGCUAUCUGAUACAAGGGGGCUAAACUAGUUACAUGCUUGUUCCCAAAAUGUUGUUCUGAGAUGCCCACAAUGUAACUUCCAAACAUACAGAUUUUACAGGAUAUAUGUCUUAUAAUAUUGUUAUAUUGUUAUAUUAUAUAAAUGUAUAUAAUUGUCUAUUAUAUGAUUAUAUAAAAAUUCAUACACAACAUAAGAAGUAGUUUAUGUACAUUAAAAAAACAUAAACUGAUAUCUAUUCUGUUUCCCUUUUAUAGGUUUUUCCAUAGAACUUAU